AACAAUUGCAUGCCGAUAAAAUAAUAAGUGAUACCGAAAGAGAGCUUUUGAUUAGAGUGAAAUAUGCUCAUGCGGUUCAGUCGAGAUCCAAAGUUUGCGCAGAAUGCUUCUGAAUAUUUUAGCUAUAAUUCUUGUAUUCGUAAUUUCAAGCCAAUCGGAGGCAGUUAUUCCUGGAUGUGAUUACUUCGACACCGUGGAUAUAUCUCAUAUCCCAAAGCUAAAUGACUCCUAUGCGUACGAGGAGCUAAUCAUUCCUGCUCAUCUCACGGGUCUAUAUACAUUUAGGCAACUGGCGGAUGGAUCACAGGAGCCAGUGAAGAGUCACUUAAGAGCAUGUAUCUGCAAACUAAAACCUUGUAUCCGAUUCUGCUGCCCCCGCAACAAAAUGAUGCCGAAUAGUCGCUGUAGCGAUGGACUCACAGAGAAUCUGAAGCGGAUCAAUCCCUACUUGAAGAUCACACUGGAGGAUGGAACUAUAGGAAAAUAUUACCUUCUCACCGACAUGAUCGUCUUAAGAUAUGAGUUUCGGUAUUGCGAGAAGGUUGUUUCGGUACAGGAGGAUCAGUACAAGCUAUAUGAGAAUGGCAGCUUUAUGAUUAAACCCGAUGUAAACUGGACAUUGAGCAAGCAGUGGUACUGCCUCCAUCCCCGUUUGGAAGAUCCGAAUUCCAUAUGGAUACUGGAACAUGUAUAUAUACCGAAGUCAAUGCCAGCCGUACCUCAGGUCGGUACUAUUUCCAUGGUUGGUUGUAUUCUCACGAUUGCAGUGUAUCUCUACAUAAAGAAACUGCGAAAUUUGCUUGGAAAAUGUUUCAUUUGCUAUGUAUUUUGUAAGUUUGUGCAGUACCUUAUCUGGGCAGGAGGAGAUUUGAACUUGUGGAAUAAUAUUUGCUCCCUAGCAGGUUACACUAACUAUUUCUUUGCUUUGGCUUCUCACUUUUGGCUCUCUGUUAUGAGUCAUCAAAUAUGGAAAAACUUGAGGUUAAUCAAUCGGGAUGAACGUAGCUAUCACUUUCUCAUCUACAACAUCUACGGUUGGGGCACACCUGCUAUCAUGACGGCAAUUACAUAUCUGGUGGAUUGGGCCUGGGAGGAUAGACCUGACAAACUGAAUUGGAUUCCCGGUGUUGGCUUAUAUCGAUGCUGGAUAAACACCUAUGACUGGUCUGCUAUGAUAUACCUAUAUGGACCGAUGCUGAUCUUGAGUUUAUUCAAUGUGGUCACGUUUAUCCUGACAGUAAAUCACAUAAUGAAGAUUAAGAGUAGCGUUAAGAGUUCUACCCAACAGCAGCGAAAGUGUAUACAGAAUAAUGAUUUUCUAUUAUACCUACGACUGUCGGUGAUGAUGGGCGUGACUGGGAUUUCUGAGGUAAUAACUUACUUCGUCAAGCGGCACAAAUUUUGGCGACAAGUCCUUCGGGUGCCAAAUUUUUUCCAUUUGGGUUCCGGUAUAGUCGUAUUUGUGCUAUUUAUUCUUAAGCGCAGCACAUUUCAAAUGAUAAUGGAGAGAAUCAGCGGUCCGAGGAGACAACAACCUGCAUCUUGAUCAACCUACUAGUUUAAAUAAAUGCAAAUUAUAGAUAAGUGAGCUCUUUUUUUUUAUAAGUUUAGUAUAGAGCAG